AUGAGCGGGAACGCGCCGAAGACGGCUGCCGCCGCAGGCGGAGAGCCACAGCUUGAUUCCCUGUCCUCUUUCGCCUCAGUUGCUGGGCUUGUGGCCAACAAAAUUGUCGUCGUACACCCCAUCGUUCUCCUCUCAGUCGUGGACCACUACAACCGUGUCGCGCGAGGGACGAGUCGGCGAGUCGUGGGCACGUUGUUAGGGGAGAUUUCCGAUGGCGAAGUCCACGUGACAAACAGUUUCGCCCUCCCCUUUGAAGAAGACCCGAAGGAUCCCAAUGUGUGGUAUUUGGACCGGAACUACCACGAGCACCUCUACCACAUGUUCAAGAAAGUCAACACUCGCGAGAGAAUUUUGGGCUGGUACAGCACCGGUCCUCAAGUCCGUAUGACCGACCUGGAAAUCCACGAAAUAUUCAGGCGAUACACCCCAAACCCGGUGUACGUUAUUGUGGACAUCAACCCCAAAGACUCCGUCGUUCCCACCAAGGCCUACUACUCCUUCGAGCAACCGACCAGCGACCGCGCAUUUCGAAGAACGUUUGUCCACGUUGCCUCCACAAUCGGCGCCUUGGAAGCGGAGGAAGUCGGUGUCGAGCAUCUUCUGAGGGACUUGAAAAACGCCUCGACGUCCACGCUCGCCACACGCGUGGCUGACAAACUGUCAGCGUUGAAACUCUUAAUCGGGAAGAUCCAGGAGAUCUACGCCUACCUCCAGGACGCGGCGAACAAGAAACUGGUGGCAAACCCGAACAUCAUGUACACCAUUCAGGAUAUCUUCAACUUGCUACCCGACUUGAGCGAUCCAUAUCUCAUCGAAGCUUUUACCAUUCAGGCCAACGACACGAUGCUAAAUCUCUAUCUUGGCAGCGUCGUGCGCUCUGUGCUGGCCCUACACAAUCUCAUCAACAACAAAGUGGAGAACAAGCGCGCCAGUGAGGCGAAGAAGGAGAAGAAGGAAGACGAAGCGACAGAAGAGAAGAAAAAGGAAACUGCAAGCAAUGACACGAAGAAGACACACAAAGAAGGCUCACAAUGA